UAACCCCACAGUUAUAUCAUAACUUAUAUUUCUCUCUCCCUCACGUGUCCCCUCGUAUCCCACUGCGUGAGUAGUCUCAGUUUGCGACCGCGUGCUGCAUGUCUUCCUUCCUCGUUUACAAACCCGCUUGUUCUGCUUUCAGCUCACUGUAAGUUGGAUGUCGAUAGUGGCACCAACUGCGGGGACUAUGCCCAGUGAUGGCACUUUAACAAAGCUCGGUGCAUGCUCACCCUUCUGGUACAGCGGUUGCGACGGUAACGCCAACCGUUUUAGCACGGAAAACGAAUGCUUCGAGACGUGUGGCACUUACAAUCACGCAUCCCUCCUGAGGACAGAGGAAAGUAUAGUUCUUAACCAGGAUGCAUGUUUCCUCAAACAGGACGAGGGAGGUUGUCAGAACUACACUCUGAAGUGGUACUUUGACACGACACAGAGCGAGUGCUCCCGUUUCUGGUAUGGCGGCUGUGGCGGCAACGGUAACCGCUUCGAGACGCAGGAGGCUUGCGAAGGCCUCUGUCUGAGGAGAAAGCAUUAAAACGCACAACUCCACACAUCUAAAACCCUGAAUAGAGCUGAAGGUGUGAACAUCAAAAACAGCACUGUCUGUAUAAAUAACUCUAGGCCUUAUCUUUAGCAUUUAUUUGUUCUUCUUUUGGGUAAAAAUGAAUAUUUUUCUAUUUUAUUAAAGUCUGUUCAAGCAGACCUAAGUAACAAAUUUGACUCUCAUGUAGGCAUGAAACAAACAUACAUAAGGGCACUGAUGCUUUUGUGAGAAUGACCUUACAGCAAUAAAACUACCUGUAUGACCCCUUGGUGCUAUUUUCCACCCUAAUUUCACAGAUCAACAGCUACCAAACCAACUCAAGCACCACUCCAGUCAUAGCAAGUGUUCUUAAUAAUCCCACUAUGAAAGGCAAUGCACUGUUAACUUCUGGAGCUUGGAUGUUUACCGUAGCUGUAAAUUCAGGUUGUAUGUCAUCCGCUCAGUGUUUGUAAAUAGGAUUUGUUGCACUGUGUGUCUGUUUCCUCUAACUUUACCAUUUGGUGCUAAGUGUUGAAAAUAAAACUGCACAAAUUCCUUA